AAGGUGGGAAGAGAACUUUUAAUGCUCUGGAUCUGGGAUGUGGAGAAAGAUUGAAUAUCUGGUUUGGUUUGGUUGUUUGGGUUUUUCUUUUUAAGCAAGUGUUUAUGACGCUUUAUGCGAAAAUUGUAUUUUUGUACAAGGAUGGAUGGGCAGUGGGAUUUCCCCGCCUGCCAUCUGAAGUGGGUAGAAAUGAAUAUUUAGUCACAGAGGCAAAACAAAAGGAUCUGGUUUUUGAGUCUUAUCUCUGGUCAAAAAUAUUUUUUUUAAUUUAAUUUUUUUUGUCCCUUGUUAUUACUGGGAAGAUUUUUAAGAACACAGAAAAGGGAGAUUUUUUAAAAAAUUCCUGAGACAGAAAUGACUAAAGUUAACGGUGAAGACACAAGAUCGGGGAAUAGGAUGGAGCGCUUCCAGCAAGGAGUCCGGAAACGUACUCUUAUGGCAAAAAAGAAGGUUCAAAACAUCACAAAGGAAAAUGUUAAAGGUUACUUACUGAGAAAUUUUUUUGUGCUUUUCACUGUCAUUGCAGUCAUUGUGGGUAUCAUCCUUGGCUUUUCUCUCCGAUCCUAUCACUUCAGCUACCGAGAAGUGAAAUAUUUUUCCUUCCCUGGCGAACUGUUAAUGAGAAUGCUGCAAAUGUUGGUUUUGCCUCUCAUUGUAUCCAGCUUAGUAACAGGAGUGGCUGCCUUGGACAGUAAAGCAUCAGGGAAAAUGGGUCUCCGAGCAGUGGUGUAUUACAUGAGCACCACAAUUAUAGCUGUCCUGAUUGGGAUAAUCAUGGUAGUCAUCAUCCAUCCUGGGAAAGGGUCAAAGGAAAAAAUGCACAGAGAAGGCAAGAUUGUCCGAGUGACAGCUGCAGAUGCCUUUCUGGACUUAAUCAGGAACAUGUUUCCUCCAAAUCUUGUAGAAGCCUGCUUCAAACAGUUCAAAACAAACUAUGAAGAGCGUGUUCAUCAUACACAUGAUCAUUCCAACGAAACGUCGGUCCUUGCUGGCAUUAUAAAUAAUGUAACAGAAGCUGUGGAAAACCUAACUCAGAUGAAGAAGGAGAUGAUCCCUGUACCAGGGGCUGUAAAUGGAGUGAAUGCACUUGGAUUGGUUGUCUUCUCCAUUAGUUUUGGAUUAGUGAUUGGCAAUAUGAAGGAACAAGGUCGGGCAAUGAGAGACUUCUUCGACAGCCUUAAUGAGGCUAUCAUGCGACUGGUAGCUCUAAUAAUGUGGUAUGCACCACUUGGCAUUUUGUUUUUAAUUGCUGGGAAAAUAGUUGAGAUGGAAGAUAUGGGUGUGAUUGGAGGCCAGCUUGCCAUGUAUACAGUUACUGUUAUCAUUGGUUUACUCAUCCAUGCAAUUAUUGUUCUCCCACUUCUCUACUUCUUCAUUACUCGGAAAAAUCCUUGGCUCUUUAUUGGAGGAUUAUUGCAAGCUCUCAUCACAGCUUUGGGAACUUCCUCAAGUUCUGCCACUUUGCCUAUCACUUUUAAGUGUUUGGAAGAGAACAAUGGGGUAGACAAACGCAUUACAAGAUUUGUACUGCCUGUGGGUGCAACUAUUAAUAUGGAUGGGACAGCUUUGUAUGAAGCCCUGGCUGCAAUUUUCAUUGCACAGGUGAACAAUAUGGAUCUAAACUUUGGGCAAAUUAUCACAAUCAGUAUUACCGCAACGGCUGCCAGCAUUGGUGCAGCAGGAAUUCCUCAAGCUGGUCUGGUCACGAUGGUGAUUGUAUUAACCUCUGUUGGUUUACCUACAGAUGACAUAACACUUAUCAUUGCAGUGGAUUGGUUUCUGGAUCGUCUGCGCACUACUACCAACGUUUUGGGAGACUCCAUUGGUGCAGGAAUUGUCGAACACUUAUCCCGCCAUGAGUUACGGAACAAGGAUGCUGAAAUGGGCAACUCCGUGAUUGAGGAGAAUGAAAUGAAGAAGCCUUACCAGCUGAUUUCACAAGAGAAUGAGAAUGAAAAGCCCUCAGACAGUGAAACCAAGAUGUAAGGUAGAGGAAAGCUGACACAAAGCACUAGAGAUAUGGAAAAUGUACACUUUCUUUGGUCCUUCUGCUUGUUCCUCAUUUCUUCUUGUACUCUCAAAGCACUGAAAAGGUUUAAGGAUGAACUAGAUAUUACGGGAGACAUAGAGUGUGUGACAUGCCUCCUCUGUCUUGUGAUAGCUAGGUUAGAGCAAUGAACAACAGCAGGCUGUUGCUCCAUAUGCCUCACCUUGUUCCUUCCAGUAAGGAAGGCCAGAGAAGGGCAAAGCAAAACACAGUAUUGCCAUGUCUUAUAUUGUGUUUACCUAGACAUACUUUCCCUGGCCUAAUGCCUUCCUGAUGUGAGACUACAACUCCCAGAAUUCCAUGCAGCAGACAUGCUGGUUAGAAUUCUGGAAGUCAUAAUCCACUACAUUUGUGGGACAUCUGGCUGGAGAAGGCUGCACAAUUUGUGCAGGAGAAAAUAGGGAUGAGCUGAGCUGAGCGUUUUUCAAAAUUGGUGAAAAAAUAUUCCAAAUUCAUGGCUGCAGGCCGUUAAAAAAAAUAAUAGGCAUUACACAAAGUGAUUUGCAACAUUUUAAUGGGUGGUAAAUAUUUUAUCAAAUUAGCAAGCUUAUUCGAGAAAAUAUAUAUAUAUAUAUUUCCUUAUCCUGUUAAUGUGAUCUCAUUUAAUAUAAGCUGAAACAGCAAAACAGAAGAAAUCCUGAAAGAGGCCUUAGCAUUUUGUUCAAAUGCUACAUGUUCUUAGCACCAUCAAGUCAACCUUUUGACAUUUCAUGCUAUUCCUAGAGAAAUUAAUAGCAAAUUUUGAUUUCUUUUUUUAAAAAGAUAGUGUUACCUUAUUUCAUUGCUGUUAGAACAGCACAAGUACGAAUACAUUUUUUCCCCUAAAGGAUGAAAUAAGUGAAUAGUAUUUCCCACAGGUCAUUAUAUUUAUGAAUUAAGCAAAAACUACUAAUCAUGUGUUCAUUUCUAACCAAUGGGAUAAUUUAGUAUCAGAAAGAGGCUUGUGCUUCUUGGUACUGUGCACCUUCAAAUCCCAUUGAUUUUGUAUAUCACAAACCUGCAAAUACCUCUGUGUAUGUGUAACAUUAUGACUCUCUUUUAGAUGAUAGUAUUUAGCACAAAUACUGCUACUCAUACACACUGUUUUUUUUUCCAGGAUCAGAGAUCAAAUGCACACACAUUAAAAACAUAUGCACUUUGGAACAGGAAAUUUAUCUUAUAGUUGCUUCAUUCCUAUGGACAUAUUGAAUUAUUGCUACCACAGCAAUUGUGAUGUCAUUAUUUGAUCAAACAACUGUAAAUAUUCUGCUGAUUUAAUCUAGUGAGGCUUAGAUAAAUUAUAACCCACCAAUCAUAUAUAGUUUUCAGAAAGUAACUGCUUUUGCCUCCUACAGAAACUGUUAAUAUGGUGGGAUUAUAAACAGUUAGGCUCCAGGAAGAUUACCAUGGUUCAUAAAUUGUCCUGCCUUAAAUCUCAAUUUACCACUGAGUUUUCAAUGGGAAUUGAGAUCCUCGCUGAUUUAUAUCCAUAUGGCAUUUCCAAUCAAUCAUGGGAAUUAUAGUUUAGUCUGAUAUUAAGAAUCCUGUUGAAAAUCCUUAGCCUACACACAAACAAAGACAGAUACACAUACACCCAACUUAAAUUUCCAUGAAAGAGAAACCAACUUUAAGCCAAUUAGAAUUUUUGGCAAAGAUUUAAUCUAACAGUUCAUCAUCACCAUUGCAACUUUGCUGAAACAUCCAUUGAAUUUAGCAACCUAAAGACCAAGAUAUGAAUUCUAAAACACCCAUAUUUUAAAAACAACCCAAAUGAAAUAAAAAAACCCUUGUUUCCAGGCAGACUUUGCUGGAUUUUAUGCACAAUGCUAAGCCAUCAUCAUACAGAUGAGCAAAAAGAUCUCAAAACAAAGAGGUAGCUGACAUAGAGGUGAUCUGCUAUGAUCAAACUAAGAAAUAAAUUGGGAUUUUGUUUCUCUUAGCAGCUUGCUUGUUAUAUACAGUAGGAACUAAAGAUUGCAGCUGAAAAGAAACUUACUAUAACCUAGCAAAAAAACGAGGGUUUGCUGUGAUAUAGUUUAUUUAAUAAUAGAUUGCAGAUUAUUUUAAACCACAAUUCUUGACUGCACAUUAAGGCAAGCCACCAGGAAUCUGCUAUUGAAAGAAAAUUGGGUUUGGUUUGUCCUUCCUUGUUGCGUAGGAAUGGCUUUCCCCAAAGUUCUUUCUACUAGUGAUAUAGUCCUUGACUUACGACCAAAAUUGAGGCCAAAAUUUAUCUUCAUAAGUGAGAAUUUGGUUGAGUGAUUUUUGCCCCAUUUUAUGACUUUUCUGGUCACCGUGGUUAAGUGAGUCACUGCCGUUGUCAAUUUAGUAACAUGGUUGUUAAGUGAAUCUGGCUUUCCCAUUGACUUUGCUUAUCAAAAGGUGAUCACAUGACCCUGGGACACUGGAACUGUCAUAAAUAUGAACUAGUUGCCAAGCAUCCAAAUUUUGAUCACGUGACCAUGGAGAUGCUGUAAGGGUUGUGUGAAAAAUGGUCAUAUGUCACUUUUUUCAGUGCCGUUGUAACUUGGAACGGUCAUUAAAUGAAUGGUUGUAAGUCGAGGACUACCUGUACUAGUUUGUGAUUUAUACUGUCUGCAACUAUAGCUAGGAUGAGUUUAAAUUAAACUUCAGCAGCUAAAUUGUCUGCCAAUCCCUGUUUUUAACUCUCCAGUACAGGAUGUCAAACUCAAGGCCUGCGGGCCGGAUCCAGCCCGCAGCGUGCUUAGAUCUGGCCUGCGAGCCCGUCCUGGAAACAGCAAUAGACUGGCCCGCGGUGCCUCUGCCAGCGAAAACAGAGCUCGGGGGGGGCACACGCAUGCCUCCUGGGCUCCGUUUCCAGCCACGUCAGCCUCCUGCAGCCCUCUGCCAGUGAAAUGGAGCUUGGGAUGACUGCAGGCGGCCUGCCCGGGGUCCGUUUUCACUGGCAAAAGGCUGCAGGUGGCUGUCAUGGCCGGAAGUGGAACCUCGAUGAGUGAUGUCAAUCUGGUUACGCCCACCCCGGCCACGCUCACACCCCCCCCCAAGGUCAAACACAACCCUGAUGCGGCCCACAAUGAAAGUGAGUUUGACACCCUUGCUCUAGCAGGAAAGAUUUUAGAAUCUCUUGACACCAUGUUAAGUAUGAGUAUACAGACGGAACUCUAGAUAGCAAUGCCUACAAAGCAUGUGUCAAUUUGUGCUUUCGUAAUGAAACUACAGAGCCAAAAAUGCUUUCAGGAAGGGGAAUCUUCCAAAAUUUGGUUAAAUGGAUUUUUUAAAAAAAAUAACUGGUUUAAAGACUAAACUUUCUAUUCCACUACCACUUUCUCUAUGUUAGCAGCAUCCAUCUGAUAGACCCUGCUAACACAGAGGGGAGAUAACUUUGUAUAAAAAUAAUACUAACGUGGUGCUUGAUUAUUUUUUAAGAAAAAGAGUAUAUAAAGAGAAUAAUGAAAACAUUUAAUAAAUAUUGAAAAUAUAAAAGACUUUUUUUAAAAAGAGGUCUUCGGGACUAAGAAAGGACAGUUUUUUUAAAAAAAAAUUGGCAUGAGAUUGUGAUUUUUGUCCAUUUGAAGCUUGCUGUUUCCCAGAGCCCGUUUAUUUUUUAAAAAAUGAGAUUUUUAAAUUAUAUUUUACAUGCGUGGUCACAGGAGACAGGAAGGAAAGCUUUAUGCAAGCAGAAUAAUCUCUGCAAUGGGAUGCUUGAAGGAAACCUUUGUGACCCGUUACAUUCCAUAUGUGUGGGACUCCUAAACCAUUAUUCCCUUUUCUGCUAGUCAGGAAUAAUGGGAGACUCCCACAUUUGAAAGAGUUUGAUUUCAUACGAUGGUGUAAAUAUAAACAUACAUUGGUUGUAUAGUUGUUGGAAAAGUAUUUUAAUAGCAUUUUUCUAAAAUAGGGCUGAGUUAUUCCUUAUAGCUGCCAAUCUGAUACAGUGUUUCCCCGAAAAUAAGACCCUGUUUUAUAUUUUUUUGAACCCCAAAAUAAGCACUUGGCCUUAUUUUCAGGGAGGUCUUAUUAUUUUGGGGCGUGUGGAGCAAGACGGGGCUCCUCCUGCCGUCUUACCUGAUUUCCAGCUCUGUCUCCCUAACCCUAACCAGAGGAAAUGGCGGGGACUGUCUGCGCAUGCAUUUAAAUCUUUUUGGGGAGGGCUUAUUUUCAGUAAGGGCUUUAUUUUCGGGGGGGCUUAUUUUAGUGCAUGUGCUCAAAAGCCCAAUCGGUCUUAUUAUCCGGGGAGGUCUUAUUUUAGGUCUUAUUUUCGGGGAAACACGGUAUUUCAAGGUUCAUUCAUUUGUUCCCAAGAUUGUAAGACUACCGAAAGCUACAAGAUGUGUUUCAUCCUGGCUAAUUCUCAGAAUUCUGCAGUUAUGCCCUGAUUUUUUUUUUUAUUGUUAUUGUUACAAAAUGGUUAUUUCACAUAAAAAUUGAUAUGAUCCAAUCUAAGCUAAGAUAGCUAGCCAUUGUCUGAUGAAACAAAAGACAUUUUCAAGGUUCAGUCUCACAAUUCGAUUCAGAGCCACCAAGCAUUACAGACAAAUCUAGGCAGAUUAAAAGAGUGAUGCUUUGCAAUAGAAUUCUCGGAUUCAGUAUUGAAAUCUUAAGUAAACUGCUGGUCUGGAGAGAAACAUUUAGUUUUUUUGAGUUUUGACUAUCAAAUGUGGGAAUGAUAUUUCUAUUUAAUCCAGGCUUAUAGCAGACCAACUCAUUUUCCAUCAGCUGCUGCUCAGAGUUUACAAUAGACCUUUUCUAUCCAUCCCCUCUCCCAGAGGUGGUAUUUAGGCAGUUCGGUUCGGGCGAACCGGUACCAGCCUGGAUAUAAUCCCAUCCUAUUUAGCCACAUUUACUAAGCUGGGCGCAUGCACGUGUGAGCAAAGAGCAUGCACAGUGGUGGCUUGUGCAAGCGUAGCGAGAGAGAGAGCUCUGUCACAUUUGUGAACUGGUAGGGAAGGUAAGUGAAUCCCACAUCUGCCCUCUCCCCUUUAUAAACCAGUAUAGUAAACACUAUACUAUACUAAUUUAUAAAGGGGAAUAGGCUCCCUUGCGCUUUUCUAAUCUCUCAGUUUCUAUUCCUUUUGCCUACUCGUGGAAUAAUUCCCAACGGUAGUAGUUUACAAAUGAACAGUAUGUUCAUUUCUGGCUAGCGAAGAGUCUUUCCUCACUACUCAGUAGGUUUAACAUAAGCGAGGCCUGCCUUAUCUGGCCUGUGAAAACCAGACAAUCACAAGACAGUAGCAAAGAGUUGGAAUUUUAUAUACCUCUUCAUUUUCAAUUGUGGGUUUUUAUAACCCAGAUCCAGUAAUCUUAAUAUGAACCACAAACCACUCACAAGCCCUGUAUUUCCACUGGAUGCCUCCUGUCAUGUUCCAGGCCAGGGAUGGGCGAUUAAUUUUCCCAAGGGGCCACAUGAGAAACUGGGACUAACCAAAAGGCCUGUGGAAGAGUCUAUCCAAUAGGCCUGUGAAAGUGCGUAGGCAUGCAUGCACGCAAAAAAAUAGCCGCCACCCUCAAAAUAAAAGCAAUGAAGUUGUAUUGCGUGCUUGGCAUAUACUUAUUUACAUUUGAUUUGUAAUUUCCCAUUGAUCUCAUUUGGGCUGGACAGGGACAGCCAAAGGGCCAGAUGUGGCCCAGAGGCCAUAAAAUGCCCAGAUCUGUUCCAGGCUAUAUUACAAAUGCAGAAUGAUAGACUCUAGCGAUAAUGCCCCAUCCUAAAUUGUUGCUCAGUGGCGCCUUUUGAGGGACAUUGUCAAACUGAUAACACAUAUAAAAAAAGCUGGCUUGAAGUUUCCGAAACACAUUGAGGAUUAUCUUAAAAGUGUGACAGGUGUAUAAAACCCCGCAAAGAUUUAACAUUUCAGAUUGUUAAAUGGGAUUGCUUCCCCUUUGAAAAAGAAUAGGAAUGAACUCAGUGUGUCUGAUGGUGUUUAAAGUAAAUGCAAAGCUCUUAUGUAAUCUCUGACUGUACGCAGUAAAUGGAUGUGCCUUUUUUAAUUAUUUGUUUCUUGUUUGCGCUAACAAAAGGAAAACCUAGAUUAGAGACAGGUGUUUUCUGAAAUGUAACUAGAGAUAUUUUUAUAGUGGUACUGUAAUGUGUACAAAGUUAAUAUUAAAUUGUAUGGAAUAACUUUUACUAUGGUUUGCUUUUGAACGGAUACUAUUUUUUGGAAAAGGGUUGAAAAGAUUUUCAUGUAAAGAGCUAUCAUUCUGUGCUGUCACUUUAGGAGAAAAUGGUAUUACAAAGUGUGGCAGUUCUUUAACUUUAUACUAACUCUGUUUCUUACAGAAAUCAUGAGCCAUAGAAUAUUCUCUCUUUUGUGCCUAUUCUGAGUUGGCAAUUGAUGCACCCAGGGUGUGGCUUGAGAAAUAUUACUUUGUAGGUGUAUUUUCAAUUAAAAAACAAAUAGUUUUACAUUA